AUGAAGCCAUAUUUUGGGUUACGGGGUACAAACCUGAAUAUUAUGAUCAGUAUCAUUGCUGGUCUGGAUUUCUUACUUUUCGGUUAUGACCAGGGUGUUAUGGGAGGUCUAUUGACCUUGAACUCUUUCGUCACUACUUUUCCUGAAAUCGACACCACUGCAGCCGGUGAAGUUGGUCUCUCUGCGGCUCAGAAAAGCAACCGUUCUACCGUGCAAGGUAUCACGACCGCUUCAUACAACUUGGGAUGUUUCUUCGGUGCCGUUUUCUGUAUUUGGAUCGGUAACUACCUCGGCCGUCGCAAGACUAUCUUCUUUGGCUCAAUUAUCAUGGUCAUCGGCGCUACACUGCAAUCAUGCGCCUACAGCCUCCCUCACCUGAUCGUGGGCCGUAUCGUGACUGGUAUCGGCAAUGGAAUGAACACAUCCACCGUCCCCACCUGGCAAUCCGAAUGUAGCAAGUCUCAUCACCGUGGACCUCUCGUCAUGCUGGAAGGUGCCUUGAUCGCCGGUGGUAUUACAAUCAGUUACUGGAUUGAUCUUGGAUUCUCUUUCCUGGACCCCAGCUCCGUCGCAUGGCGAUUCCCAAUCGCUUUCCAGAACGUUUUCACCCUUGUCAUUCUAUUCUGUGUCUUGCCUCUUCCCGAGUCUCCACGCUGGCUAAUCAUGAAGGGUCACGAGGAAGAAGCAAUCGAAGUACUAGGUGCUAUUUUGGAUCUCCCCGAGGACGACCCAUACGUUCACUCCGAGUUCACUGCUAUCAAGGAUGCAGUUCUGGACGCCAACACCGUUAGCUUCCGUGACCUUUGUACCAUGGACGAGAACCGUCACCUGCACCGUGUUGUUCUCGCCUACGUCAACCAGAUGUUCCAGCAGAUCUCCGGUAUCAACCUGAUCACCUACUACGCUGCUACUAUCUACGAGAAUUCCAUUGGUAUGGAUGGUCUCACUUCUCGUAUUAUGGCUGCUUGCAACGGUACCGAAUACUUUCUUGCUUCGCUGAUUCCCAUCUUCAUCAUUGAGAAGGUCGGCCGUCGUACUCUGAUGUUGGUCGGUGCUGCCGGCAUGUCCAUUUCAAUGGCUGUCCUUGCCAUCUGUACUAGUUUCGAGGGACAAAGCAAGCCCGGUGUCGCCGCUGCCGUGUUCCUGUUCGUCUUCAAUACCUUCUUCGCCCUUGGCUGGCUGGGUAUGACCUGGUUGUACCCCGCUGAGAUUGUUCCUCUGCGUAUCCGUGCUCCUGCCAACGCUCUCGCAACCUCUGGAAACUGGAUCUUCAACUUCAUGGUCGUCAUGAUUACACCCGUCGCAUUCCAGAACAUCAAAUACAAGACCUACAUCAUCUUCGCCGUUAUCAACGCCUUCAUCUUCCCUGUCGUCUACUUCUUCUAUCCCGAGACCGCCUACCGAUCUCUCGAGGAAAUGGACGGCAUCUUCCAAAAGACCACAACUGUCUUUAACGUUGUUUCUGUCGCCCGCAACCAGCCUCACCGCUACGGCCGAAACGGCGAGCUUCUCAUCAACUACGAAGAUACCGAGGAGCAUCUUCGUCGCGCCAGCCGAGUCUCCGAGAAGCAUGGCAAGACCUUUGCCCAAAGUGGCCAUAUGGAGGAUGGAGGAAAGACCGGUGCUCACGUCGAGAACAACCAAGACAGCGUCUCAACAAGCAGCUAA